UUUCUGCCUCCCCGUCCCUGUUCGCAGUCGCAGCUCUUGCCCUCUCUUCCUCUCUGUCUCUCUUAUGCGCUUAUCAGUCUCGCUUGCGCUGGUGCCCCAAGUCCCUAACCUUCUAUUUGUAUAAACCGUACGUCAGUCUAUUCAGUGAUUGAGGGAGACGCAGAGAGAGAUGGGGAGUGAAAACGAAGCUAAGGGGAACAAAAGGAAGAAGGAGAGGAAGCAUAAGAAGCCCAAGAAGGGAAACACGGAGCUUGUUCUGAAUGAUGGAACGUUGAAUAAAAAUAAAGGAGAAUAUGCAACUAGUAAACCAUUGGAGGAGAAGAAGAGGAAAAGGAAGAAGGGAAUCAAUGAUGGUGCUGAAAAAGCAAUUCAUAUCGGUGAAGAAGAAGAUAAAUCAAUCAAAGCAGCAGAAGAAAAGAAUGAGAACAAGUCAAGGAAAAAGAAAAGAAAAGGGGAGAAGAGAGUUGAUGAUGAGAUCGGCAAAAAUGAACAGUGUGGUGCCAAAGCUGUUUAUAGUUUGGAAGAAAAAAAUUGUGGGCUCAGCCUACCUGAUGUUGGAAUGGAGAUGAGAACUGAUAAAUCCAAGGGAGCAAAGAAAAAAAGAAAGAAAGAUGGUGACACAAUGAAGAAAGGUGAUUUGUUUCUGAAGGAAAAAGAGGACAUUGACAUUGACCAGGAUGAUGUUUAUCAUAUUUCUUCUGGUGACGAGGACUCUUCAGCAGGAAUGAAAAAAUGGAUAACGGAGUAUCAUCAAAGUAGACCAGGUUUGAAGGUCUUGCAACAAAGAAUUGAUGACUUCAUAAUUGCUCACGAGGAACGACUGGAACAGGAAAGAAAGGAAAGAGAGGCCCAAGCUGCAGAAGGGGGAUGGACUGUUGUUGUGCAUCACAAAGGAAGGAAGAAGACCACAGAUUCUGAAAGUGGGAUUGCUGUGGGCUCUGUUGCCCAGGCCGCGGUGGAGGAUAAGAUGACCAAGAAGAAGAAGAAGGAAGUAGUUGGGCUUGAUUUCUAUCGGUUCAAGAAAAGAGAAGAUCGAAGGAAUGAAAUUUUGACACUUCAAAGCAAGUUUGAGGAGGAUAAAAGGCGGAUACAGCAGAUGCGAGCAGCUAGGAAGUUUCGACCUUACUGAAUGUUCUCUAUUAGCUGAAACUUUUUUUUGUGUGGUCACAAAUGAGAAGGCAAGUACUCAUAAAUGGGAGGAUGAGAUCUUACUUGAUAUUAUUCUGCAUGUUUUUGUACUCUCUAUUUGACAAGGAGGAGUAUAUGGCUACAAUUUUGUUGAUUAGAGUUUCUCCAUUACUCUAUAUUAUCCCUUUUAGCACUAAAAUUCGGCAUAUCUUACAGCAUAUAUGCUCUCUUUUUCCUAUCUUUAAUAGGUUUAAUAGGUAAGACGAGGAGACCGAGGUUAACAUCUCAAACUAAAUAUCCAGUUCAAGAGCAAAAUAUAACCGAAACUGUCCACAAGUCCAUUUCCAAUGGCAAAAGAGUAUUUUUCAUCCCUCAAUUAUUAAUUGGGUUUCAUUUUCGUCCCUUGACUCUCUUUUUUUCCUUUUUUGUCUCUCAACUAUGAGAAAGUACCAUGUUUAUCCCUCGAAUAAAUCUGACCAUUGAAAAAUCUUACGUGACGUCAUAUUAUUCGUCAAAUCAGGUUUUUCUCAACUUCAACCUCACUUAAAAGGACGAAAAUGAUACUUUUCAAUAGUUGAGGGACGUAAAUGAGAAAAAAAAAAACUUCAAGACAAAAAUGAAACUCGCCAUCUAAUUGAGGGACGAAAAGUAUCUUUUUGUCCAUUCCAAACAUUCACCAAAAUGAAUGAUUAAGGGAACACUGACAUAUAAUCAAUUAGACUAAUCCAUAACUUCAUCAUCAUCAGGCCAUCAACAAAGAAAGAUAACAACACUCAUUAAAAUAAUUGAAAAACAACUUACAAAAUUGAAAAACCCGGCACAUAACAUAAAGUUGCUUACAUAAACCAAAUUUAGUCUUG